AUGGGUUCCGAGAAAUGGGAACAAAAAGUGAUGAAGUUUUUUAUGAAUCCAAUUCUAAGGGUGCCAUUUUAUAUAUUCACAUUAACCCUUUUGAGUCUUCUUCUCCCUCUUUCAUUUCUAUUACUAGCUAGAUUGUCUUAUGUAAAGUACCCUUCACUACCUUCGUCUUUCCUUCUAUCUCUCUUUCUCAAUAUCAAUCCUGCUCUACUACAAGCUCUUCUAUCAUUCUUCAGUGUUACAGCUCUUAUUCACGGUUUAACGGGCAAAUUCACACUUUUGUAUGGAUCACCUCUUCAACCUCGUCUUCAUAUUGCGUGGAUUUUCCUUUGUGUUUUACAAGUAACUGUUGGUUUGGGGAUUGAAGCUAUUGUCGUCUCCGGUGUUUGGCCUGAGGACUAUGGUGCUGACAGAAGGAGUUUGUUGAUAAGUAGGAUUGUUUUCUUCAUUGGUUUGCAUGAAACUAUGCUUUAUUGGGGGAAAACUGUCGUGAGACCUGUUGUGGAUGAUACAAUUUUCGGGGGUGCAAGGGGCGAAAAAUGGAUUGAAAAGGUGGCAAUAAGCGCGGGCUUUGGUGCGUUGUGGUUGUGGAGAUUAAGAGACGAGGUUGAAACGUUAGUUCUUGUCGUAGAAAUUAAAAGAGAGCUCUUAAUUGGUUUGGGUAUUUCUGAUUUUAUUAGUUGGUGGUUGUAUUAUCUUACUGUUACAAUUGGCAUGUUGAGGGUUGUCAAGGGUUUAAUUUGGUUUGCUGAAGGUUUGUUCUGCAGAAGAAGACCACAACAGAGCAAUAAUUGUCCUUGUGAUGAGGAUGACAGUAAGGUCUAA